AGGCAGUUUUUUUUUUUAAUCAAUGCCAUGUCAUUGUCCAAUCAUCGUCUUUUGUUAACGGGCCACAAAAAUGAAACGGAAAAAUGAUGUUUUCUAACGUCAUCCUUAACAGAAGGGGUGAUUUGCAGAUUUCAUGUAGUAGAAGGGCUGAUUUGCCAGUGUUUCUUGUACAGGGGCUGAAUUGCCACAACAUUGCAGGUACAGGGGCUGAACUGCACCUUCUGCCUUUGUUGAUUGAUGCUAACUAUUGUACAGCCCAGACGUCACGAAAGUUGCAUCUCUUUUGACGCUAAAAUUACUAGUUUGGUCCCUGAACUUUCAGAUUUGUACCAAAAAUGUCCUUGAACUUCGAAAGGUACUAAAAUCAUCUUUGAACU